CUGUGAUCCUGGCCUUAGGCUGGUGGGAAACAGGUGGCCACCAUGGCGAAGGAGGAAGAUGAGGAGAAGAAAGCCAAGAAAGGGAAGAAGGGGAAGAAGGCCCUGGAGCCAGAGAAACCCAAGCGGAGCCUGAAGGGAACAUCUCGGCUAUUCAUGGGCUUUCGUGACCGGACACCUAAGAUCUCCAAAAAGGGCCAGUUCCGGAGUGCAUCAGCUUUUUUCUGGGGCCUCCAUACUGGCCCCCAGAAGACCAAACGCAAAAAGAAGGCCUGCACUGUCCUCAAGUCCACAUCAAAGCUCAUGACUCAGAUGCGUGUGGGCAAGAAAAAGCGGGCCAUGAAAGGCAAGAAGCCAUCUUUCAUGGUGAUCCGCUUCCCAGGCCGUCGAGGCUACGGGCGCCUGCGGCCACGUGCCCAGUCACUUAGCAAGGCGUCCACGGCUAUCAACUGGCUUACCAAGAAGUUCCUCCUCAAAAAGGCUGAGGAGUCAGGCAGUGAGCAGGCCACGCUGGACGCCUGGCUCCAGCGCUCUGGCUCCCGCAAGCUGCCCUUCCCUUCUGGUGCCCAGAUCCUGCGGCAUGAAGGCCCUUUGCGGAGGUUCCCCCGCAGCCGCAGCAUCUACUCCUCGGGAGAUCCCGUGGGCUUCCUGCCCUUUGAGGACGAGGCCCCAUUCCGGCACUCCGGCUCCCGUAAGUCACUAUAUGGGCUUGAGGGCUUCCAAGACCUGGGCGAGUACUACGACUACCACCGAGAGGGCGACGACUACUACGACCAGCAGUCACUCUACCACUACGAGGAGCAGGAGCCAUACCUAGCAGACUAUGGCCCCUACAGUUCAGCCUGGCCGCCCCACGGGGGCCACUACUAUGUGUACCCGCCAGAGGACCCCUACAAGUACUACCACCCUGACUACUACGAGGGCUCCUUCUACCCGGGGUACACCUACGGCUACGAUGACUAUGAGCCGCCAUACGCGCCCCCCUCAGGGUACUCUUCUCCUUACAGCUACUACGACCGCUAUGAGGGCGAGGCGUACCCCUACAGCUACCCCCUGGACCCCUAUGCGCCCUAUGGCACACCGUACCGAUCCUAUGACCUCCCAUACGACAUGCCCUACGAUGUACCGUACUUCGAUCCCUACCCUGCCCCCUAUGCCGAAGGCAUUUAUGGCAGUGGGGAUGAGGCCAUCUACCCUCCCGAUUUACCCUAUCUCUACCCGGAGGAGUCGGCCUUUGGGUACCCCUGGGUGCCGCCACCCAUCCCAUCACUCCACAACCCAUAUGCCCACCCCAUGGAUGAUAUCGUGGAGCUGGAGGAGCUGGAGGAGCCAGAGGAGGCCGGUGGGGAGCGGCAGAGUACGUCCUUCCGCCUGCCCAGCUCCGCCUUCUUUGAGCAGCAAGGCAUGGACAAGCCUGCCAGGUCCAAGCUGUCCCUCAUCCGCAAGUUCCGCCUCUUCCCACGGCCCCAGGUGAAGCUAUUUGGGAAAGAGAAGUUGGAGGUGCCCCUUCCACCAUCGCUGGACAUUCCACUACCCUUGGGGGAUGCAGAUGAGGAGGAGGAAGAGGAGGAUAUGCCCCCAGGGCCCUAUGGCCACCCUUUCUGGGGCUUCCUUACGCCGCGCCAGCGCAACCUCCAGCGCGCCCUGUCUGCCUUCGGUGCCCACCGGGGCCUAGGCUUCCGCCCGGAGUUUGGACGCCCCCAGCCUCGUCCGGCCACCUCUCUGGCGCGGUUCCUCAAAAAGACGCUGUCAGAAAAGCAGCCCAUCCCCCGGCUCAGGGGCAGCCAGAAGGCCCGCAGGGGCGGCCCCGUGGUCAGGGAGGCGGCAUACAAACGCUUCGGCUACAAGCUAGCUGGCAUGGACCCCGACCGGCCCAACACGCCCAUCGUGCUGAGGAGGGCCCAGGCGCGGGCUCUCAACAAUAACAACUCUCACCGCCCAUCCCCGCGCCCGCGCACGCCCUCGCCAGGGGCCCGCGCUCGAGCUCUCGCCCACUGGAGCGCGCUGGUCUCCCCGCCCGCGCCCGCGCCCGCGCCCCCUCCCCCGCCCCCGCGGGCACCCAGCUCCGGCCCUCCGCCCGCCCCGCCCUUCUCUCCGGUCCUCUCAGGCCUGCCCCGGCCCACCUCGCCCUAUGGCUCUCUCCGCCGCCACCCACCGCCCUGGGCCGCCCCAGCUCACGUGCCCCCUGUACCCCAGGCGAGCUGGUGGGCCUUCGUGGAGCCCCCUUCUGUGAUCCCGGAGGUGCCCCCCAACCUCCUGGCCUUCCCCAGACCCCGGCCUUCCUUCAGGGUCUCUCGUCCUCCAGGGACCGGCCUCGGCUUCCCUUGGGCUUCCCCGCAGGCAUCGCAGAGAAGGGCCUGGUCUCCCCGGCCCUCUCCGCAGCCCUCGCUUAGGAGCCUGCCAGGCCCCGGCUACCGCUCUCCCCUGGGGCCCCCGUCCCCUCGGAUGUCCAUCCGCGGCCGCCCCUUCCAGCCGCCCUUCCCGCCCCCGCCCUGUCGCCCCCGUUCACUGCGGGAGCCCCCGGGUCCCCACCGAGCCUCUGGGCGCCUGGGCCGACCAGGCUCUACCCGGCCUUCCUCACCACCCCCUCUGCUAGGUCACAGCCUACGGCGCCGCUCCCUCAACCUGCCCUCGCACCUCCCACACACUUGGCGGCGCCUUAGCGAGCCGCCCACCCGGGCCGUGAAGCCACGGGUGCGCCCGCCCUUUCACCAGCCCGGCACCGGGUCCUGGAGGGCUGCGGCUCCCCACGUGGAGCCCCGGGAAAGCCCGAGAGAACCUGAGGACUCGGAAACGCCCUGGACAGUGCCCCAGCUGACCACCAGCUGGGACGUGGAUGCACCUCCCACGCAGCGCCCACCCUCUCCCUGGCUAGGGGCUGUGGGCAGCCGCCGAGGCUUUUCCAGGCCAUCCCCUGUGCCCGAAAACCCCUUCCUCCAGUAUGUGGGCCCUGUGCCACCUCCUCAGCCUGAAGAUUCACCUGUAGGCUACAACAGUGUCUUCUUGGGCAGACACCAUGACCCUGGACCUGGACAGCUCAUCAAAUCAACUGGCCCUAGCCCUGAGAAGCCUGAAAAAGAGACCAUCCUCAGGGACCCUCAGUUACCAGCAGAGCCAGAGUCUCCUAUCCAGACACCCUCCAAGGAUGUCCUUCCAGAGCAGAAGGCUUUAAGACUCAGCCUCUCAUACCCACUUGCAGCAUGUGACCAGACAAGAGCCACCUGGCCGCCAUGGCGCCGCUGGGGGACACUGCCCAGAGCCCCAGCCCCCUUGGCGCCCACAGGUGCCCUAGGGCCCCUGCCCAAGGAGGGUGAGCAGCACCAAGCAGGCCCUGGGCGUUUUGCUGUGGUCAUGCCUCUGGUGCAGAAGCUGAGCUCCUUCCAGCAAGUUGGGCCUUCCACCCUGCACCCCACUGCCCCUCCAACCCAGGAGCCUGAGCCUAAUUCUGAGCCACAAGCUUGGAGUCUACGCUGUUCCUGCCUCUGGCUGUUGGUGAAUGCCCACCGACCAUGGCCAAGAGUACAUACCCACUCUCAGUCCUGCCGCCUGGGUCCCAGAGCUUCCUGCUUGUCCCUCAAGGGCCCCUGGGAAGAGAUUGGCCCCAAAAGCUGGCAGAACAAGAUGCACUCCAUCCGCAACCUGCCGGCUGUGCGGUUCCGUGAGCAGUGCAUGGAGGAUGGUGUGGAGGACAUGACACAGCUGGAAGACCUCCAGGAGACCACUGUGCUGUCUAACCUCAAAACCAGAUUUGAACAGAAUCUCAUCUACACAUACAUUGGCAGCAUUCUGGUGUCAGUGAACCCAUACCGCAUGUUUGGAAUCUAUGGGCUGCAGCAGGUCCAGCAGUACAGCGGGCGAGCCCUGGGAGAGAACCCCCCGCACCUCUUUGCAAUUGCAAAUCUUGCCUUCACCAAAAUGCUUGAUGCCAAACAGAACCAGUGCAUAAUCAUAAGUGGGGAGAGCGGCUCCGGCAAAACUGAGGCAACAAAACUGAUUCUGUGCUACCUGGCUGCUAUGAACCAGAAGCGGGAGGCCGUGCAGCAGAUCCUGGAGGCAACACCUCUGUUGGAGUCCUUCGGCAAUGCCAAAACCGUCAGGAAUGACAACUCCAGCCGCUUCGGGAAGUUCAUGGAGAUCUUUCUGGAAGGGGGCGUGAUCUCUGGUGCCAUAACCUCCCAGUAUCUGCUAGAGAAAUCCAGGAUUGUGUUUCAGGCCAAAAAUGAGAGGAAUUACCACAUCUUCUACGAGUUACUGGCCGGGCUACCUGCCCAACUCCAACAGGCCUUCAGCCUGCAGGAGGCAGAGACAUACUACUACCUGAACCAGGGUGGAAACUGUGAGAUCACAGGGAAGAGUGAUGUAGAUGACUUCCACCGGCUCCUGGCCGCCAUGGAGGUGCUGGGCUUCAGCAGCGAGGACCAGGACAGCAUCUUUCGCAUCCUGGCAUCCAUCCUGCACCUGGGCAAUGUCUACUUUGAGAAGUAUGAGACGGACACACAGGAGGUGGCCUCGGUGGUGAGUGCCCGGGAGAUCCAGGCUGUGGCAGAGCUGCUUCAGAUUUCCCCUGAGGGCCUGCAGAAGGCCAUCACUUUCAAAGUGACCGAGACAAUGCGAGAGAAGAUCUUCACACCCCUGACCGUGGAGAGUGCCGUGGAUGCCAGGGACGCCAUCGCCAAGGUCUUGUAUGCACUGCUAUUUGGAUGGCUUAUUGCCAGGGUCAACUCACUAGUGUCCCCACAGCAGGACACGCUCUCCAUCGCCAUCCUGGAUAUCUAUGGCUUCGAGGAUCUGAGCUUCAACAGCUUUGAGCAGCUAUGUAUCAACUACGCAAAUGAGAACCUUCAGUACCUUUUCAACAAGAUCGUCUUCCAGGAGGAACAGGAGGAGUAUAUCCGUGAACAGAUCAACUGGCGGGAGAUCACAUUUGCAGACAAUCAGCCUUGUAUCAACCUCAUCUCACUAAAGCCCUAUGGCAUCCUACGUAUCCUUGAUGACCAGUGCUGCUUUCCUCAGGCCACAGACCACACAUUCCUGCAGAAGUGCCAUUACCACCACGGCGCCAACCCACUCUACUCCAAACCCAAGAUGCCGCUGCCUGAGUUCACCAUCAAGCACUAUGCAGGCAAGGUCACCUACCAGGUGCACAAAUUCCUGGACAAGAACCAUGACCAAGUGCGCCAGGAUGUGCUGGACCUGUUCGUGCGCAGCCGGACGCGGGUGGUGGCACACCUCUUCUCCAGCUGUGCCCCUCAGGCUGCCCCUCAGCGCCUGGGCAAGAGCAGCUCUGUUACCCGGCUCCACAAGGCACACACAGUGGCCGCCAAGUUCCAGCAGUCGCUCCUGGAUCUGGUGGAAAAGAUGGAGAGGUGUAACCCCUUGUUCGUGCGUUGCCUGAAGCCCAACCACAAGAAGGAGCCAGGUCUCUUUGAGCCAGAUGUGGUGAUGGCACAGUUACGAUAUUCAGGGGUGCUGGAGACUGUGCGGAUCCGCAAGGAGGGCUUCCCCGUGCGACUGCCCUUCCAGGCAUUCAUUGACAGGUACCGCUGUCUAGUGGCCCUCAAGCAUGACCUGCCAGCUAAUGGGGACAUGUGUGUGUCAGUGCUGAGUCGCCUGUGCACAGUCACGCCAAAUAUGUACCGUCUUGGGGUCAGCAAGCUGUUCCUUAAGGAACACCUCCACCAGCUGCUGGAGAGUAUGCGAGAGCACGUCCUGAAUCUAGCAGCUCUCACACUGCAGCGCUGCCUCCGAGGCUUCUUCAUCCAAAGGCGUUUCCGCUCUCUGCGCCACAAGAUCAUUCUGCUGCAGAGCCGGGCCCGGGGCUACCUUGCCAGGCAGCGCUAUCAGCAGAUGAGGAGAAGUCUGGUAAAGUUCCGGUCCCUGGUACACACGUAUGUGAGCCGCCGACGCUACUUCAAGGAGCUGAGCAAGCGAGAGGUGGUAGCUGUGGGGCAUCUGGAAAUGCCAGCUGAGCUGGCUGGGCUCUUGCAAGCAGUGGCAGGCCUCAGGCUGAACUGGGCACCCAGGGUGGCCCCUGUGCGGACUCCCCGGUUCCAGGCUGAGCACCAUGUCACACUGCCCCUGGACAUCAACAACUUCCCCAUGGCCAAGUUUGUCCGAUGUCACUUCAAGGAACCUGCCUUUGGGAUGCUGACAGUGCCCCUGAGGGCGCCUCUCACGCAGCUGCCAGCUGAGCACCAUGCAGAAGCCAUGAGCAUCUUUAAGCUGAUCCUGCGUUUCAUGGGUGAUCCCCACCUGCAUGGUGCCCGAGAGAAUGUCUUUGGGAACUACAUUGUGCAAAAGGGACUGGCAGUGCCAGAACUGCGGGACGAGAUCCUGGCCCAGCUGGCCAACCAGGUGUGGCAUAAUCACAACGCCCACAAUGCUGAGCGGGGCUGGCUGCUGCUGGCCGCCUGCCUCAGUGGCUUUGCACCUUCCUCACGCUUCAGCAAGUACCUACUCAAGUUUGUGUCUGAUUAUGGUAAGAAUGGCUUCCAGGCUGUGUGUCAGCAUCGUCUCAUGCAGGCCAUGGGCCGGGCCCAACAGCAGGGACUGGGGGCUGCCCGCACCUUCCCCCUGACCCAGCUCGAGUGGAUAGCAACCCAUGAGAAGGCGAGCAUGGUGCUGGACGUGGGCUGCUUCAGUGGUGACCAGUUCUCCUGCCCAGUGCACUCCUGGAGCACAGGGGAAGAGGUGGCUGGAGACAUUCUGAGGCACAGGGGGCUGGCAGAUGGCUGGCGGGGCUGGACAGUGGCCAUGAAGAAUGGUGUCCAGUGGGCAGAGCUUGCUGGCCAUGACUAUGUGCUGGACCUGGUGUCGGACCUGGAGCUGCUCAGAGACUUUCCUCGACAGAAGUCCUACUUCAUCGUGGGCGCAGAGGGGCCUGUGACUGGCAGGGGAGGCCCCAGAAUGGUGUUUGGGAAUGACUGGGACUCGGAUGAAGACAUGCCCACUAGGCCCCAGCCCCAGGGGCACAUGCCCAAAAUACCUGACUCUGAUGGGUACUACAGCCACAAUGAUGAUGGUACAGAUGGGGAGACUGAGGCCCAGAGAGGGACAGCAACUCACCAAGACUCUGAUAGCCUUGACCAGCCUGCCGUGCCCCAUAAGGGGCUGGACUGCUACCUGGACAGCCUCUUCAGCCCUGUGCUAUCCUACGGGGAUGCGGACCUGGAGACGCCAACAGCCAUUGCCUACCGCAUGAAGGGGGGAGGCCAACCUGGCAGAAGAGGCAGUAGCAGUACUGAAGACACUUCCAGGAGACCCCCAGAGCCAAAGCCAAAGCCAAUCCCAGGCCUGGAUGCCUCCACGUUGGCCCUGCAGCAAGCUUUCAUCCACAAACAAGCCGUGCUACUGGCCCGGCAAAUGACCCUGCAGGCCAUGGCACUCCAGCAGCAGCCCCUGAGUCCUGCCCUGAGAUCCUUGCCCACAGAGAAGCCCCUAACACCAGAGGCACUGCCGAAGUCUGUAGGUAUGGGUCCCCCAGCCAAGCCUGUGCUCCUGCGUGCUAGCGCGAAGCCCUUUACACCAGCUCCGUUGGCCAAGACCCCCACGCCCUCCACCAAGCCUGUGGCUGCUCCUGUUCUAGUUCAGGACUGGGCUUCUGCAGAAACCACUUCACCAUCCCCAGAGCUGGUCCGGUACUCGACACUCAACUCAGAGCACUUCCCACAGCCCACGCAGCAGAUCAAGAACAUUGUCAGGCAGUACCAGCAGCCGUUGUCCUGGGGAGGCCGGCCCGAGGCUCGCAGGAAGAUGUUCCUGAAGCGGCCAGACCCCCACGAGGAGGCCCUGAUGAUCCUGAAGACACAGAUGGCUCACCUGGCAGCAGUGCCUGGCACGAAGGUGUCCAGAGAGGCUGUGGCCCUGGUGAAGCCAGUGACCAGUGCAGCCAGGCUAUCCACAGAGCCCAUUUCAGCACCUUCAAGGUCGCUGGAGCCCCCAGAGAAACCUGUACAGACGCGGCUACACCACCUUGACAACCCCAACUUCUAUGGCUACCAGGAUGCCCCUUGGCGGAUCUUCCUGCGAAAAGAGGUAUUUUAUCCCAAGGACAGCUACAGCCACCCUGUGCAGCUAGACCUCCUGUUCCGGCAGAUCCUGCAUGACACACUCUCCGAGGCCUGCCUGCGCAUCUCUGAGGAGGAGAGGCUCAGGAUGAAGGCCCUGUUUGCCCAGAACCAGCUGGACACAGAGCGACCUCUGGUAACUGAGAGCGUGAAGCGGGCAGUGGUCAGCACUGCACGAGACAGCUGGGAGGUCUAUUUUUCCCGCCUCUUCCCUGCCACGGGUAGUGUGGGCACUGGUGUGCAGCUCCUAGCUGUAGCCCACACAGGCAUCAAGCUCCUGCGGUUGGUCAAGGAUGACCAGCAGGCCUAUGGGCAGCUGCGGGUCCUGCGUGCAUACAGCUUUGCAGAUAUUCUGUUUGUGACCAUGCCCUCCCAGAACAUGCUGGAGUUCAACUUGGCCAGUGAGAAGGUUAUCCUUUUCUCAGCCCGAGCUUACCAGGUCAAGACCCUGGUGGAUGACUUCAUCCUGGAGCUGAAGAAGGACUCAGACUAUGUGGUUGCUGUGAGAAACUUCCUGCCUGAGGACCCGGCGCUGCUGGCCUUCCACAAGGGGGACAUCAUCCACCUGCAGCCCCUGGAGCCCCCUCGAGUGGGCUACAGUGCUGGCUGUGUGGUCCGCAAGAAGGUCGUGUGCCUGGAGGAGCUGCGGCCUGGAGGUCCUGACUUCGGCUGGAGGUUUGGGACCAUCCAUGGGCGUGUGGGCCACUUCCCUUCUGAGCUGGUGCAGCCCGCUGCUGCCCCAGACUUCCUCCAGCUGCCAGCUGAGCCAGGCCCUGGCCAGGCUGCUGCUGUAGCUGCUGCUGUGGCCUCUACAGCUGCUGCACGGGAGGUGGGCCGCAGAAGAGAGGGUCCCUCAGUCAGAGCCUGCUCUGCUGACCAUGGGGAGGAUGCUCCAGCAUUCCCACCAUACACAAUGCUGGAGUUUGCCCAGAAGUAUUUCCGAGACCCUCAGAGGAGACCCCAGGAUGGCCUCAGGCUGAAAUCCAAAGAGGGUCGAGAAUCCAGAACCUUGGAGGACAUGCUUUGUUUCACUAAGAUCCCGCUCCAGGAAUCCCUCAUCGAGCUCAGCGACUGCGGCCUCAACAAGAUGGCCACAGACAUGUUCCUAGCUGUGAUGAGGUUCAUGGGGGAUGCCCCACAGAAAGGCCAAAGUGAACUGGACGUGCUUUGCACCCUCCUGAAGCUGUGUGAGGACCACGAGGUUAUGCGGGAUGAGUGUUACUGCCAAAUUGUGAAGCAGAUCACAGACAACACCAGCUCUAAGCAGGACAGCUGCCAGCGAGGCUGGAGGCUGCUGUACAUUGUGACUGCCUACCACAGCUGCUCUGAGGUCCUCCACCCACACCUCACUCGCUUUCUCCAGCAUGUGAGCCGGACCCCAGGCCUUCCCUUCCAUGGGAUUGCCAGGGCUUGUGAGCAGAACUUGCAGAAAACCUUGCGCUUCGGGGGCCGCCUGGAGCUCCCUAGCAGCAUGGAGCUUCGGGCCAUGUUGGCGGGCCGCAGUUCUAAGAGGCAGCUUUUUCUUCUUCCUGGAGGCCUUGAACGCCAUCUCAAAAUCAAAACAUGCAGUGUGGCCCUGGAUGUGGUGCAGGAGAUCUGUGCUGAGAUGGCUCUGAGUCGGCCCGAGGCCUUUGAUGAGUAUGUUAUCUUCGUUGUCACCAAUCGAGGCCAGCAUGUGUGUCCACUUAGCCGCCGCACCUAUAUCCUUGACGUGGCCUCAGAGAUGGAGCAGGUGGAUGGUAGCUACAUGCUCUGGUUUCGGCGUGUGCUCUGGGAUCAGCCACUCAAGUUUGAGAAUGAGCUAUACGUUACCAUGCACUACAACCAGGUCCUGCCUGACUACCUGAAGGGCUUCUUCAGCAGUGUGCCGGCCAGCCGGCCCAGCGAGCAGCAGCUACAGCAGGUGUCCAAGCUGGCUGCACUGCAGCACCGCGCCAAGGACCACUUCUACCUGCCCAGUGUGAGGGAGGUCCAGGAGUACAUCCCGGCCCAGCUCUACCACAUGACAGCUGGCUCAACCUGGAUCAACCUGGUCAGUGGGCACCGGCAGCAGACACAGGCACUCAGCCCCCACCAGGCCCGGGCCCAGUUUCUAGGCCUGCUCAGUGCCUUCCCUAUGUUUGGCUCCUCCUUCUUCUUCAUCCAAAGCUGCAGCAACAUUACUGUGCCAGCCCCGUGCAUUCUUGCUGUCAACCACAACGGACUCAACUUCCUCAGCACUGAGACCCAUGAGCUGAUGGUGAAGUUCCCCCUGAAGGAAAUCCAGUCAACGCGGACCCAGCGGCCCACAGCCAACUCUAGCUACCCCUAUGUGGAGAUCACACUGGGGGACAUGGCAACCCAGCGUACCAUGCAGCUGCAGCUGGAACAGGGUCUAGAGCUGUGCCGAGUGGUGGCCGUGCAUGUGGAGAACCUGCUCAGUGCCCGUGAGAAGCAGCUCACACUGCCCCCCAGUGAGAUCACCCUGCUCUAACCCAGCCCUCCACCCUCCAGCUGCCUUCUUUCAGAAGACUCACUGUGUAGCCUCAGGGGAAUCACUGAACCUCUCUGGGCCAGUGACCCCUGUAAAGGGCAAGAACCUCGGGGGAGACCAAGAGGAGGCAAGAGAAGCAAACCAAGCAGACUGAUCCAGAGUUAAGAUGGAAUGGCAGCAUGCCAGACUUGGGUCAGAUAGCAAGAGGAACUUUCCAAGGCUGUCCCAUGUAUCACUACAGACCCUGUCUCCAACUCCUACCUACGGGAGGGAAGGCCCACACCAGUGAUCUAGAUGAACUGGACUCUGCAUUUGGCUUACUCAGAGUCUGAUGUUCAAAUCCGCUCCAGCUCUACAUCCCAGCCCCCACAUGUACUUCUGAGUUGCCCCUGCUUGUGCUGCCUCUUAACCUGGAUUUAUGGCCCUUGGUUAUUUCUGUGCAAAUAAAAGG